UUGGCCACAUUUGGCUCGCCACGCCCCUCCCGUCCGUGGCCCCGCCCCUCGUGGGCGUGGCCUGUCGUCGCGGCGACGCGGACGUGGGAGGACCCGGAUGUGGCUGGAUCCCAACAUGGCCGCGGCGGCGGCGGCUGACGCUCUUACCGGAGCACCUGGAACGCGGAGCUGAGACAGGACCGUUUUCCCUUCGCGGAAGGAGCGCGUCCCGGGCCAUGUUCUCCAAGAAGAAGAAGCGGGUGGAGAUCUCGGCGCCGUCCAACUUCGAGCACCGGGUGCACACGGGGUACGACGCCUCGGAGCAGCGCUUCACGGGGCUGCCCCGCCAGUGGCAGGGGCUGCUCGAGGAGUCCGCCCGCCGCCCCAAGCCCCUCGUGGACCCCGCCUGCAUCACCGCCAUCCGUGGGGCCCACAAGGCCGAGCACCACCCGGGACGCCCGCAGGAGGGGACCCCCAAUGGGCCGGUCCCUGCCGGCGCUCCUGGUGCCUCCCACGCCCCCGGUCCCCCACGCCCCAAAGCCCCGGAGCCACCUCCCCCGGCCCCGGAGCCCCCGGCCCCGCGUCCCCCCGGCCCCGCGCCCGCCCCGGGGGCGGGGCCCCAGCGCGUGUCCCACGAGCAGUUCCGGGCGGCGCUGCAGAUGGUGGUGGACCCCGGCGACCCCCGCACGUACCUGGACAACUUCAUCAAGAUCGGCGAGGGCUCCACGGGCGUCGUCUGCAUUGCCACCGUGCGCGGCUCCGGCAAGCUGGUGGCCGUCAAAAAGAUGGACCUGCGCAAGCAGCAGCGGCGGGAGCUGCUCUUCAACGAGGUGGUGAUCAUGCGGGACCACCAGCACGAGAACGUGGUGGAGAUGUACAACAGUUACCUGGUGGGCGAUGAGCUCUGGGUGGUCAUGGAGUUCCUGGAGGGCGGCGCGCUGACCGACAUCGUCACCCAUACCAGGAUGUCGGAGGAGCAGAUCGCGGCCGUGUGCCGCUCGGUGCUGCGGGCGCUCGCCGUGCUGCACGCCCAGGGCGUCAUCCACCGCGACAUCAAGAGCGACUCCAUCCUCCUCACGCACGACGGGCGGGUGAAGCUCUCGGAUUUCGGCUUCUGCGCCCAAGUGAACAAGGACGUGCCACGGCGCAAGUCCCUGGUGGGGACUCCGUACUGGAUGGCCCCUGAGCUCAUCUCACGCCUGCCCUACGGCCCAGAGGUGGACAUCUGGUCUCUGGGGGUGAUGGUCAUCGAGAUGGUGGAUGGGGAACCCCCUUAUUUCAACGAGCCCCCCCUCAAAGCCAUGAAGCUGAUCCGGGACAACCUUCCCCCCCGGCUCAAGAACGGCCACAAGGUGUCCCCAUCCCUGAAGGGGUUCCUGGAGCGGAUGCUGGUGCGGGACCCGGCACAGCGGGCGAGCGCCCCGGAGCUGCUCCGCCACCCCUUCCUGGGCGUCGCGGGCCCCCCCGCCUGCAUCGUGCCCCUCAUGCGGCAGCACCGGCUGCGGUGAGAGCCCCCCUGCCCCGGGGGAGACCCCCGGCCCCCUCCUGCUCCUCCUCCUCUGCUGCACCCCCAAACUGGAGCAGGACUGGGAUGUUCCUGGGGGACACUGGCCCCCGACCUGUACUACUGAGCUGGGGAGCCCACAGCAGAGAUUUUGGGGGGGAAAGGGGGGGGUGGCUGUCAUCCCAGAGAUUUGGGGGUGCACGGGCUAAUCCUGGUCCCUUCUGCCUUUGGGACCCAUUUGGGGCAUUUCCCCCUUUUUUUGUUUUUUUUUUUAGCCCUCUCUUUUCUACCCCCUUUGGGCACUGGGGUAUGGCCCCCCCCUAGAUCUCCAUGCGAGGGGCUCCCCAAAACUACAGCCCCCCCUCUCCCCACCACACCACACUACUGAUUCGGGGUGCGUCCCACCCUGGGCCUCCCUCGCCCCUUUUUGUUGAUUUUGGGGUUUUUUUCCUGUUUGCUGUUGUUGGUUCCUUCCCCCCGGAACUCCCCCUUGCCCUCCCCAGGGGUGUUUUGUUUUUUAACAAAGCGAUAUUUAUAUGGUCGGGUUUUGUACUGCGCGGGACGGGGGUGCCCCGGGGGGACACCGGGCCCCCCCUAAAUUACACGUGUCCUUUUGGA